AUGGGUUCCUGCAGAGAAGAUGAAGCUUCCCAUUCCACACAACCCAUCGCUAUUGUGGGGAUGUCGAUGAGACUACCUGGAGGAAUCAAAACAUCGGAGCAAUUCUGGGAAAUGCUCAUUCAGAAGAAAGACGGCCAUGGCCCAGUUCCCCCGAGCCGUUACGAUGUAGACAAGUACUACAGUGCAACUCCUAAGAAGGGCACGGUCUAUACGAGAAAUGGGUAUUUUCUCGAAGAUGAUUUGGCAGCCUUUGAUGCAGCAUUCUUCUCUCUCACGAAAAGUGAAGUGUCACAAAUGGACCCACAGCAGCGAAUGCUCUGCGAAGUGGUGUGGGAAUGUUUUGAGAACGCCGGUCAAAAGGGUUGGCGCGGCCAGAAUAUCGGAUGUUAUGUAGGUGUGUUUGGAGAAGACUGGUUGGAAAUCUCAAGAAAGGACCCCCAGGAUGUCGGCAGCUACCAUGUCAUUGGUACGGGAGACUAUGCAAUUUCGAAUCGCAUUUCGUACGAGUAUGAUCUCAAGGGGCCCAGUAUGACCAUACGAACUGCCUGCUCCUCUUCUCUUACAGGCCUCCACGAGGCCUGUCGGGCCUUGCGCCAAGGUGAAUGUGUAGGGGCUAUUGUGGCAGGGACGAAUCUUAUCAUGGCCCCAACUACUACUGUCGGAAUGUGUGAGGUUGGCGUGCUAUCCCGCGAUGGAAAAUGUAAGACGUUUGAUGUUGCAGCCGAUGGCUACGGGCGAGGCGAGGCCAUCAAUGCGAUCUACGUCAAAAUGUUGGACGACGCAAUUAGAGACGGGGACCCUAUUCGUGGAGUUAUUCGUGCCACGGUUAUCAACUCAGAUGGACGAACUCCUAACAUCACCUACCCCAAUGCUACGGCUCAGGAAGAGUUGAUUCGUAAAGCAUACCAGUCAGCAAAUAUCAAAGAUAUCUCAGACACUGGGUUCUUUGAGUGUCACGGCACAGGAACCAUUGCAGGGGAUACAGUCGAGACUAUAGCAAUAAGCAAGGCCUUUGAUGGAAAGGGCACCACUCUGGGCUCUGUUAAAGCCAAUGUUGGCCACUCGGAAGGAGCUUCUGGUUUGACCAGUGUGAUUAAAGUCGUCCUGGCUUUGGAAAAGGGGAUCAUACCACCGAAUCCCCACUUCACAAUUCCCAACCCGAAGAUCCCUUUCGACGAAGCGCACCUGCACGUCCCAACCGAACCUAUCCCAUGGCCACAAGGAAAAAGGCUACGUGCCAGUGUCAAUAGCUUCGGCAUUGGUGGAUCAAAUGCUCAUGCGAUUAUCGAGGCCGCAGCCGCGGCUCCCAUCCAGGAAUCAACCCGGUGUGAGGGCCAGUAUCGAGUAAUUCCGUUCUCGGCUAAUAGCAAAGAAUCUUUGCAACGAUCUAUCGAUGCGAAUACUCAAUAUAUGGCCAGGAAUCCUGAUCUGAUAAAGGACGUAGGUCAUACUCUGGGUGUUUGUCGAGAAGUUCUCAAAUAUCGAGCCUACAACAUAAGCGGACCCAAUGAUCAUCAGCAGAUGUCACAAACAUCCCGGUUGACAUGUUUGAAAACGAAUCUAGCCUUUGUGUUUACUGGCCAAGGAGCACAAUGGCCUGGUAUGGGCCGAGAAUUGAUGGCUUUAAAACCAUUUCGCGAGACCAUAUUCACGAUGUCACGCAUAUUAGAGGAGCUUGACGACUGUGUAGCAUGGUCUCUUGCUGGAAUGAUGAUGACAGACCUCACCGCAGCCGAAAUGGAAAGUCCGGAACUUUCCCAGCCAUUGUGCACUGCGCUACAAAUUGGCUUGGUUGAGGUGUUGCGUGGUUGGAAUAUCCAUCCGAGUGCAGUGGUCGGUCAUUCAAGUGGCGAGAUUGCAGCCGCAUACACGGCCGGAGCUAUAACCGCGGAGCAAGCUAUCAAGAUUGCCUAUUUCCGUGGGCAAGUAUCCGAAUCACUGAAGACUCAAGGAGGCAUGGGCGCGGUCGGACUUAGUCGUGAUAUAGUCACCGACUAUUUGGAAGAUGGGGUCAUGAUUGCAUGCGAAAACAGUCCACAAAGUGUCACAAUCUCUGGUGAUAAACCUGUGGUGGCCAAAGUGCUAUCACGUAUAUCAGAAGCCUUCCCCGGGGUCUUUUGCCGACAGCUGCGAGUCAAGGUGGCAUAUCAUUCUCAUCACAUGAAAGAGGUUGGCGAGGCUUACGAGCAGCUCUUGAACUUUGUGGAGGAACAGAACCCGGCAAUUCUAUUCUACUCCAGUGUGACAGGAAACACGCUUGAAAGUGGACUGGGCGCUAGGUAUUGGCGCCAAAACAUGGAACUGCCUGUACUUUUUAGCCCUGCGGUCCGGUGCCUUUUAACUCAGAUUCCGAAGAGCGAACAUACCGUCAUGUUAGAAAUCGGACCACAUGCAGUCCUCUCUGCUCCUUUGAAGCAAAUCUUUAGCUCCCAAGGAAACAACUCUGCAGUCUAUCUGUCUACAUUAUCUCGCGGCUCGAAUUCUUUGACUAAGAUUUACGAAACUGCCGGAGAACUAUAUCUUCAGGGUGUCAGCGUCGACUUUUUAUCAGUUAACGGUCCUGGGAAGGUUCUCACCAAUCUCCCGUUGUAUUGCUGGCAGCAUGACUCGGAUCAGCACUGGCGCGAGAGCCGUCUCUCCAAAGCUUGGCGAUAUCUUGCGUUUCCACGACAUGAGAUUCUGGGUUCGCGAAUUUCGGAGACUGGCGAACUGGGUUUCACCUGGCGUAAUGUUCUCUCUCUAGGUGACAUGAAUUGGUUGCGAGACCAUAAGGUGUUUGAAGACACAAUUUUCCCUAGCACAGCUUAUAUUGCGGCGGUAGGAGAGGCAAUUCGUCAAUUGACAGGAGAAAGCGACUACACCAUUCGGCGAUUACUGGUUAGGACACCAAUUAUUCUGAAGCAAGACACAACUACGGAGAUCAUAACUUCAUUGAACGUGAUACCGUUGACAGAGUACCAAGACUCAGCGUGGUACAGCUUUUGUAUCUCGGCGUUCAACGGUAAUUCCUGGAUUAAGCACUGCACAGGUCAAGUGAAAUCCGGAAGGGACCAAAGCCUCGUACCUGUGAUCAACUCUCAUACGCGCGAGGUGUCAUCGCAUAAUUGGUACCAAGGUCUGAACAACCUUGGGCUGGACUACGGACCGACUUUUGAACGCCUGGCUGAUAUCAAGGCCGACCCGUUGGUCAACACUGCGUCGGCAAAUGUGCCUUACUCAGAGGAGCUGCACCAAACGCACUACUCGCUGCAUCCAACAACUGCCGAUUGUGCUCUUCAGCUAUUAUCUGUUGCAGCAUGUCGAGGACUCCGCCGCAAAUUGAAUCGGUUGGUGGUGCCGGUCAGUAUAGAACACGUCUACGUUGACGAACUAGCGUCUACAGUUCAUCUUCAAGCCUUUGCCGAAGAACUCGAGAAUAAGAAACUGAAGGGCAGCGUCAUGGGAGUCAUCCAUGGCAGUGUAGUAUUCGCUUUCAGUGGCUGUGUGUUAGCGCCCCUAACAGGUGAAACCAGCGACAUGGACGAAAUCGGAACGCUGAAUAUUUCUCGCCUAGAGUGGGCUACUCGCCUAGAGGACAUUCCUGGGUCUGACCUCAUAUACAGUACCACACAUGGGACAUCUCUCAUUUCAUCCUGUGAAGAGCUAGUGGUUCUUUGCAUGCUUGAGACGUUGCACGAGGUGGACUCUCAAUCAUUGAAACCCCAGUCACCCUACCUGCAACAGUAUGUUGCGUGGCUUCGAAAGCAGGUCCAUUCAAUGAAGAAUGGGUCUUACAAUCUGGUUUUCAAGUCCCAAAGAUGGGCUAUGCUUGAUUCAAAGAACAGAAAAGUCUUGAUACAGGAACUGAUAGACGACCCAGACAGGUCAAGGUGCGCCCCUGUAGACGCGCUCGUCCUUCGUGUCUAUCAAAAUAUUAGGGAGCUUUGCCACGGCUCGGUUUCUGGAAUAGAUUUGCUGUACCAAGAGGAUGGUCUAAAGAAUUUCUACGACGUGAUAGCCAACUUGGAUUUAUCUUGUCUGUUCUCCACGCUUGGGCACGAAAAUCCUUCCCUUCGAGUGCUGGAGAUUGGUGCAGGCACCGGAGGUACCACGGCGCUUGCCUUGAAUGGUCUCACCAUGAGCGAUGGACCUCGUUUAUACUCGCGAUACUGCUAUAGCGAUAUAUCGGCGGGCUUUUUCCCUGCUGCUCGAGAACGUUUCCGCCGGUUUCAUGGGAUAGACUUCGCGAUAUUGGACAUCAGCCAGGAUCCCCUGGACCAGGGAUUUGAAGCGCAGGAGUUUGACCUAGUCGUCGCAGCGAAUGUACUUCACGCCACACCGGAACUUGGCAAGGCUUUACGCCACGUUCGGAAGCUACUCGCCCCAGGUGGCCGGCUUGUGCUGCAGGAGCUGUGUCCCACCGUCAGAUUUAUUAAUUUUGUCAUGGGUGUCCUCCCAGGAUGGUGGAUUGGUGGCAAGGACUCCCGCGAAGAAGAGCCGUUUGUUUCUCCUAAAAGGUGGAAUAUGGAGCUCCAGAAGAGCGGAUUUACGGGAAUGGAUAAGUUAGUAUAUGACAACGAACCGCCGUAUGCUACCAAUGCAACGAUAGUUGCAACGGUGCGUGACGACAGCUCCCAGCCAAGUGUUGUGACUCUGCUGUGUUCUUCAAUUGCUAACGAACAUGUUCGAGCUGUGGAGCGACAUUUCACUACACAUGGUCAUACAGUUCAUCUAUGCUCUUUGCAAAGCUUGUCACAUCACAAAGGAGAUGUCGUUUCUCUUCUGGACAUUGAAGGCCCAUUUUUUGAUAAAGUAUCUGAGCCGGACCUCAUCGCUUUCCAAAAGCUUGUUUCCGGCUCCAAAUCAACCGGAAUCUUAUGGGUGACAAGGUCAGCGCAGCUCAAGUGCGCCGAUCCUCGAUUUGCUCUCGUCCUAGGCUUAGCUCGCACUAUUCGUUCCGAGCUUGCGGUUGAAAUGGGUACCGUUGAACUCGAACACUUCGAUCAAGCAUCUUGGACGGCAUUGGAAUUGAUCUAUCGCAAGUUCCAGGCCAGAGACAGGACUGAUAGUACAAACACCGAUUUUGAAUUCGUGCAUCAGGACGGUAAAAUUCUUACUCCCCGCUACAAACGGUGCACACCAGAAGAAAUCCUCACUCUACGAUCUGGUAGUGAAUUUUCAGAUGCUGUCGGGCUUCGCAUUGAGUCAUUUGGUCACUUGGAUAGUCUUGCUUGGGUGCCGCUUGACAGACCUGUCCACUUGCAAGGCGACCAGAUAGAAAUCAUUGUUCACCAUGUGGGCUUAAACUUCAAGGAUCUGCUAUGCGCUCAGGGAAUACUGGAUGCACGAAAGGACGGGCUGGGCUUAGAAGGCUCCGGCGUCGUGAAUAGAGUCGGUCCACACUCGUCUCUUAUUCCAGGACAACGAGUUAUGUUCAUGAGCCCCGGCUCAUUCGCGUCCAGGAUAGUGACCUCGUCACUUCUCUGUGCCGCCAUUCCGGACGAACUCGGCUUCGAGGAUGCAGCCACCAUGCCGUGUGUGUAUACCACUGCCAUCCACUCUCUAACGACCAUUGGGAAUCUCAGAAAGGGACAGACUGUUCUGAUACAUUCAGCUUGUGGCGGCGUAGGGCUUGCCGCUAUUAUGAUCAGCCGAAUGAUCGGGGCUGAAAUUUACACGACUGUAGGUAGUGAAACCAAGAUCAAGUAUCUUCAAGACCGGUUCAGUAUUCCGCGCAAUCAUAUUUUCAAUUCGCGGGAACCCUCAUUUUACGAAGACGUGAUGCGGGAAACUGACGGCCGGGGUGUUGAUCUGGUGCUGAACUCACUUUCCGGCGAACUCUUACACGCUUCGUGGAAAUGCGUUGCGCGAUUUGGCAAAAUGGUUGAAAUCGGAAAACGUGACAUUGUUGGUCAUGGUAGCUUGAGCCUAGCUCCCAUGGUCCAAAAUCGCUCCUUGAUCAGCGUUGACUUGGCGGAAAUUCUCGAGUAUCAGCCUCAAGAAUGCCAAAGACUUCUCGAACAGUGUAUCGAUUUGGUCCGACAGGGGAGCAUUCAGCCAAUUCGCCCCAUUCGCGCGUUAGACGCAACCGAGGUCAAGCAGGCGUUCCGCUACAUGCAGGGCGGCCAACACAUGGGUAAAAUAGUUGUAAGUAUGUCCGACAAACCCUGUCCAACUCGCAAGAUACCUGCCGAAAUCUCGUUCUCGUCCACCCAUACAUAUCUGCUGGUGGGAGGUUUAGGGGGAAUAGGUCGUGCCAUCUCGCAGUGGAUGGUGGAACAGGGGGCCCGCAAGCUGGUGUAUCUUUCCCGUUCGGCUAGCUCAACUUCCUCGGUCCGCGAAGCCUUAUUCCGAGAGUUACGGCUGCAAGGAUGUGAGGUCACUGUGAUACAAGGCGAUGUGUCCGACCUUCGGGAUGUCCAGAGCGCUGUCCAGCAAUGCAGGGCUCCCAUCGCCGGUAUAUUCCAGAUGUCAAUGGUUUUGGAGGAUCGGGCGUUCCUCGGUAUGAACCAUGUCGAGUGGGCCAAUGUUCUUUUGCCCAAAGUUCAAGGAAGCUGGAAUCUUCAUCAGGCCACGGAGGGCGAGCCCUUGGACUUUUUCGUUUCUUUUAGCUCCAUCUCCGGGAUUAUCGGCCAGCCAGGCCAGGCGAACUAUGCCGCUGCCAACACGUUUCUGGAUUCGUUUGCGAAGUACCGGCGAUCACUUGGCCUUCCAGCAUCAGUCAUCGACCUAGGGGUCGUCACUGAUAUUGGCUAUGUCUCAGAAAGCGGCCGGAUGGCACAGCGCGGACUCGCUGUUUGGGCCAGUCAAACCAUUCAAGAGCGGGAGGUGAUAGAAGCCGUGAAAUUAGCGUGUAGCGGCCAAAACGAUGUGAUAAUCGGUCUGGGACCUAGUUCCGCGACCCCAUUAGCUCGUCUACCGGGCUUCUUCCAGCGCGACAAACGGAUGAGGCUCUUUCACAAUGCGCAGGAGGCUCCACGAGCACGCGGCGACGUUGACAACGGACUGAAAACGUUUUUGGGGGAUGCCUCUCGAGAGCCGAGUAUCCUAGACCACGCUGACAGUUACGCUCUCCUGCGAGAUGAAUUGGGGACUAAGAUUGUUUCCUUCCUCUUCAAGCCCGAUGAAGAGAUAGAUACAGCCAAGUCCCUAGCGGAUAUGGGAAUUGACUCUCUGGUAGUUAUUGAAAUUCGUAAUUGGUGGUGUCAGACGCUGGGGCUGGAGAUCAGCGUGAUGGAGUUUAUGAAUGCAGGGAACAUCGAUGGGUUAGCACACGUCGCUUUGGAAGGAUUGAAAGCCAAGUUCCAGUCAAAGCAUACGGAUAUGAUGCCUUGA